AGGCGGCGGCGCCCCCCCGCUGCCCUGCCUCGCUCUGCUGCAUGGACGAGCAUCGGAGCCUGCUGCGCUCGCCGGCAGCCUUCUCCUCCAGCAGGCACCCGCGGGGCGGCGGCAGCAGCAGCCACCACAACCCGGGCUACACCGAGCCGCCGCCCCCCGAAGCCCCCCAGCCCGGCCCCGAGCAGGAGGAGGGGGAGGAAGCAGAGGAAGAGGAGGACGGCAUGACCGUGGUGGUAGGUGGGGUGGACCCCCUGCUGGAAGAGCCCCAGCACCCCCACCCGCUGCUGGCGGGGGAACGCUACGAUCACCCCCCGGCCCACGUCCCACUGCCCCCCGGCCACCACCCAGUGGGUGGCGGGGAACACGAGUGCUGCGAGCGGGUGGUGAUCAACAUCUCCGGCCUGCGCUUCGAGACCCAGCUCAAGACCCUGGCCCAGUUCCCCCAGACCCUGCUGGGUGACCCCCGCAAGCGGAUGCGCUACUUUGACCCCCUGCGCAACGAGUACUUCUUUGACCGCAACCGGCCCAGCUUCGACGCCAUCCUCUACUACUACCAGUCCGGGGGCCGCAUCCGGCGCCCGGUCAAUGUGCCCAUCGACAUCUUUUCAGAGGAGAUCCGCUUCUAUCAGCUGGGCGAGGAUGCCAUGGAGAAGUUCCGGGAGGACGAGGGCUUCAUCCGCGAGGAGCAGAGGCCCCUGCCUGACAAGGAGUUCCAGCGCCAGGUGUGGCUCCUCUUCGAAUACCCGGAGAGCUCUGGGCCGGCCAGAGGCAUCGCCAUUGUCUCAGUCCUCGUCAUCCUCAUCUCUAUUGUCAUUUUCUGCCUGGAGACCCUGCCUGAGUUCAGGGACGAUCGUGACUAUGAGGGGACGGGGGGGACCUUUGGCACGAGCAGCGGCCCCCUGGAGAAAGACACCUUCACCAACUCCUCCUCCGCGGCUGUCUCGAUGGUCUCGUCCUUCACCGACCCCUUCUUUGUGGUGGAGACACUGUGCAUCAUCUGGUUCUCUUUUGAGUUGCUUGUCCGCUUCUUUGCCUGCCCCAGCAAGGCCACUUUCUCCAAGAACAUCAUGAACAUCAUUGAUAUUGUGGCCAUCAUCCCUUACUUCAUCACCUUGGGCACGGAACUGGCUGAGAGGCAGGGGAACGGCCAGCAAGCCAUGUCCCUGGCCAUCCUCAGGGUCAUUCGGCUGGUCAGGGUCUUUCGUAUCUUCAAGCUCUCACGACACUCGAAAGGUCUGCAGAUCCUGGGGCAGACCCUCAAGGCCAGCAUGAGGGAGCUGGGUUUGCUUAUCUUCUUCCUCUUCAUCGGAGUCAUCCUCUUCUCCAGCGCUGUCUACUUUGCAGAGGCAGAUGACCCCACCUCAGGCUUCAGCAGCAUCCCCGAUGCCUUCUGGUGGGCAGUGGUGACCAUGACCACGGUGGGCUAUGGGGACAUGCACCCAAUCACCAUUGGGGGCAAAAUUGUGGGGUCCCUCUGUGCCAUUGCUGGGGUGUUGACCAUUGCCCUUCCCGUGCCUGUGAUAGUCUCCAAUUUCAACUACUUCUACCACCGGGAGACGGAAGGCGAGGAGCAAGCCCAAUAUCUGCACGUAGGGAGCUGCCAGCACCUCUCCUCUACGGAGGAGUUGAGGAAGGCGCGUAGCAAUUCCACCCUGAGCAAGUCGGAGUACAUGGUGAUAGAGGAGGGGGGAAUCAACAACACUGCAUUCAAACAGGCUGCCUUUAAGACGGGCAACUGCACAGCUACAAACAAUCCCAACUGUGUGAACAUCAAAAAGAUCUUCACAGAUGUUUAAAAAAAAAAAGCCUCUGAGGAAAUGUUGAAAUAAUAAUAAUAAUGCAAAGUGACCAUGUAAUCAGUAUUGUCUGGAACAUGCAUCAUCAUUGGUCUGUGUGCGCCCUUGUCGAACACCUAUAUUUUUUAGAUCAUUCCUUUUAAAGAACAAAGAAGAGGAUUACAAAAGAAUCAGAAGAUAAGAGGAUGGGGGUGUUUGCAGAAAGGAAGAUCAGAGGACAAAAAAGAAGAACACGCUCUCCGUUGAAACAGGUGUUUUUUUCUGCAACAUGUUGCAGGGCUGCUUUGUGCGUGGGGGUUGUGGGCAGCUGGUCUCUUUUCUCGUUUUCGCUGUGUAGCAGGUUUCCUUUUCGAUUAUACACACAUACACUUGUUGGACUGAAAACCGUGAGCUGGAAGGGAAGAAACUAAAAUUAUAUUGCAGAGCCUGUUGGCAGGCAAGGGGAGGGAAUAACCAUUUAAUUUUGCAAAGCAUCUCUGCUACCACAUUGUUAAAUGGUGCUUAAUAUUGGAACUGUGGUAUAUGUCCUUUAUGGGCAUAUUUCUUUUCUUCCCCAGCCAGAUCGUCUAUGAAAUUCUAAUCUGUUCAGAGACCCAAAUGUAAUCAGUUUUGAUUUAAUCAGAAAAAUGCCCCCCUUCUCUAUUCCUAAUUCCCUUCUCCCACAACUGUAUGGGAUUGUUUCAUCCAACUCCAAAUUCCUGGCUGCAUAGUGUGUAUGGAGAAAUGUUCUUCUUACAUGGAAAGGUUUAACAAUUGACUAACCGAACAGCAUCCUGAGUGUUUGAACAUCCUGUGAUGCCAAUGCAGAUUGGGGAUAGUUAAGCUCCCAUUAAACCAGUAAUGGGCUUUUUUAAGUGACUUCAGCCUCAGACAAAACCUACCAAGAGCCUAGAAACAAACGGGGGUGAGGGGUAUUUUUGUCCAUUUCCAAUGCAUCUGAGAUAAGCGUCUGCAUCUAUCACAAGAAGAUUAAAGUGACAAACGCCUUCCAGUGGAAGUUACUAAUUCAGACCUGAGUGAUGCAGUUUCCAUAGCAACUCUGGUUUCCUGGGAAACCCCAAAAGGUUGUCAUGGUAUCCCUUCGCCCCAUCCCCCUUCAUCCUGUGCUGUUUCCACAGUAACCCUUCCAGAUGGUUCCAACUUCUGUGAUUCCACGGAAAAGCCACUGCCCUGGUAAACCGCACACACACAUACAGAGAGUUAAUCCCAGAGAGAUUUAGGAGUAGAAACUAGUCAUUAUCCUAGAUGCAUGGUUCUUUAGAUCUGAAACAUUCCUGAAGCCCUGGUAGCUACCAGAUCAAGAAGCAAGAUGAUCAUCUGUGGAAUGCUGCUACGCACAUGUGCUGAAUAAAACUCCUGUUCAUAGGCAAUAAACGCAACAAACCUCCAAAUUACCCUGACUAUCAAGUUAAUAUCUGGGCAGUAAAAUUGAAAAUUUAUUCCCUAUAUGCAAAUCUAUACAUCUGCUCAGAAGUUCUAGAAAGGCGAUCUCAUCCCUGACAGAAUAAACCAUACUUAAACUUAUGGUACGUGACCUAGAUUUUUCAAAAACCUCCCUCCAACUCCAAACAGCAAUUCCACUUUCAAGCGUAUACGGAACUGAACUACCAGACAGGAAACAUUAUAACGCAAAAGGAUAUCAAUCUUUUGACAUUGGGGUGUGUGGAGGGGGAGUAAGCAGAGAUCUAUAAAGUGCAGAGGUGUAAAGUAACCAAAAUCCUGAGGGAAAAUAUGCCUGCCUCGUCUCAUCCAAGUCAGCAGCUGCGGAACAUCGGACAGAAACAGUGUUUAUAGAUUCUCCGAUGACUUGAAGGAAAUUCAUGGAAGUAAAAAGAAAACCAAGGCUGGAUUAGGGCAAGGCAUGGGCUGACAACAUUUGAGAAGCAAGGCAAAGCUCUCUGGGUGCUUCCUGGUAGUCACUGAAAUGGAGCAAAGAAUUGUACAAGUGAUGGAAGGUGAGCUGAAAGUUAAGCACCUGUGCUCAUCACGGGGGGAGGAACUAGUAAUUAAUCUUGGUGUCACAAGCAGAAUUCCUUGGCUGACCAGAGAUGGUACAAAGGAUAGGUGGCAUUGUAUGUUAAAGAACUCCUGACUCUAUUGUUCUGCAACCAUCAGCUUCAUUAUAUAUUAUCAUGUUGUAUAUAGAAAGACAGGAACAGAUCCUCAGCUGCUGUGAAUUAGCUUUAUCAGACCCACAGCAAUUGACACCAGUGGAGGAUUGGGCUUGAUGUAUGUAAUAUAUAUGUGAUAUACAUUCAAAUGUUCUAUGAGCUUAUGCAAUAUAACACUGGCACAAGGCAAUUUAUGGGCCAGAUCCUCCGCUGGUGUAAACUGGCUUCAAUAGAGCUACAGUACUGAGCAACACCAGCGGAGGAGCUGGGUUGGGUAUGACUAGUUGUAAUACGGGAUAUAGGAGUUCAGGUUUGUAGUGGAAAACUAUUGCCCUGCAGUUGACCUCUGCUCCGAAACAAUAUACCAACAGCCUGCAGCUCCUUGGGCAGAAUGGCCCAGCUCUGCCCUUGCUGGCACACAGUGAAGUCAAUGAGAUUACACGGGUGUCAGUGACAGUGGGAGCCGGCCUGCUUCCCAGAUGGCCCCUUGCUUUCAAUCAGUGGGGCAAGAGUUUCCCAUUAUUCUCAAGCUCCACCUUCUAGCAUACCUUUUGAAAAUGCACCUAGGCCGUAACUGUGCUGCAGCCUUUCGCUCACAGAGGGCAUGUGAUCCUCUCGCCCUAAAGCAGAACUCCUUCGCUUUGGGCCGCACCUUAUAAUCCCCACCCAGAACAGAGUUUCCCUUGAAAUCAAUGAGACUUUCCCCAGAACGUGGGAAAUUCUCCUCUGUGCAGAGAGUCCGCAAAAGGACUGCUCAACAAUUCAGACCCACAGGACAAAUGUGGUGCACCGGCUUUGCACAGGUGAAGGCAGGGCUGGGUCUAAAGACUGGUCCAGUGAUUCCUCAGAUCCUGGAGCACUUAUUCUGUAUUGACUCGGUCUUCAAGCCCGCAACCUCCCCUGCUCCAUUGAUUGCAAUGGAAGUUCUGCCUGAAUGAAGAACUCAGGGCUUGCCCCUUUCCCUUUACAAUCCUGGUUUUAUUCCAAAAUAGCUGGGAGCCCCCCAUUGCUCCCACAAAUGUUUCAAGUAGGUUAGAGUGAUCUGUCCCUUGCCCCAUGCACGUGCUUAUUUACUUCCCAUUUUCCCAUAGUUUACAUGUCCAGAAGCAUAGCUGACAAUCUGAACAGCAGCAGGAGAGAAAGGAAUUUCCUCAUUGUUUGAUAAACCAGCUAACAGAGGCAAUCUUCUUUUUGUACACGUGCUGCGGCAUCAGAGAGUGCCUGGCCACAAGAUCUGUAGCGCAGAUCUCAACCACUAGCUAGCUGGUCAGUAGAACUCUGAAAUCAGCGAUUAUUUACCUUGUUUAGGCCUCAGGCUAGGGGAGCAUUUAAGGACAUGCUUAAACUUACGCACACGCUAAGUGGUUUGCUGAAUCGGGGCCUUAGACGCCCGUUGCACUUUGGAUCAGGCAAAUAGAUUUCUACCUAUCGUCAUUUUCAUAGGCUGCCAUAAGAGAAGGGAUUGUUUCUAAUAUCCCUGAUAAAAUCCAGGUACUACCCGAGUCUUCAGCAAUGGUUCCAAACAUUGCUGUGGUCCCGAUUCUCCUCUCACAGCAGUUUCACGCCACUGGUCCAAAUGAAGUUACUCGUGAUUUACACCUGUGCAAGGGAGAGGUGAUUGACUCAAGCCCAAUAGGACUGGUACCACAGAACUUUCUCCAGUGAGGGUAAAAGGGUCUGACUCCUGCAAGGUGCAAAGCACUUUCAGCUCCAGUGCCCUUCAGUGGCAGUGCCUGGCACUCAGCACCGCGCUGCACUACUGCAUUGGAUGAUUUUUUUUUAAAUGAGGGAUCUUAUUUCUCUUGCUUCACUGGUGCAAGCAAUGAACAACGAAAGUGCAUUUUUUACCUCAUUCAUUUAAACCCAAUCAUUUUUACCUCUAAAAAUGUAAUAUAAAAAAUAAAAUUCAGAAGCAAUAAACCUUAUUAAAAGAAUAAUUCCAUCAUAUUCUAUAGCAAUGGUCCUAAACCAGUGCCACUUGCAGCUCAGUCCAAAUUCCCAGUGAGGCCAGCCAGCCUAAAUCGAUCGGUCGGUCCCCAACAUUGCAGCAUCUGAGCACCUCAUAGUCUUUAAUGUAUUUACCCUUACAGAACCCCUGUGAGGUGGGGCAGUGUAUUAUCCCCAUUGUACAGAUGGGAAACUAAGGCAGGGUGAGACUAAGGGCCAGAUUUUAAAGGUAUUUAGGCACC